UCUCUCACUCCCACACUCCCCACUCCUCUCUCUCUCUCUCUCUUAACUCUCCCACCUUCUUCUUCAUCAAAACCUCUCUCAACUGUACCUACCCUCAUAACCAGAGAGAAAAUUCGCAUUCUUCAACCAUUAAAAUCUCACACCCCAAAAGCGCGUGAGCGAUCGAGUGAUAUCAAACUCAUUAGUAGUACUACUCAAUACACUCUGGGGUCUCUUACGGAAACGAAUCAUCAACGGCAUAAAGUUGUGUGUUGCUGUCGGAGUUAAUGGAGCUAAGUAAGGUGACGCUGGAGAUCUUCACGAAGCUGGAGCAGCAAUGGCUCUCUCACUGCGAGGCCUCCAAGAAGACACGCAUUCUCAGCAUUGACGGCGGAGGAACCACCGCCAUUGUCGCCGGUGAAGCCCUCAUCCAUCUCGAGGACCAGAUCCGCCUCAAGACCGGCGAUCCCCACGCUCAAAUCGUCGAUUUCUUCGACCUUGUUGCCGGGACCGGCGUCGGAGCUGUACUCGCCGCCAUGCUCGUGGCCGACGACGGCUCCGGGAGGCCUCUUUACACUGCUAGAGCUGCUGUGAACUCGGUGGCUGAGAACAGCUCGAAGCUGUUCAACGCUAAGGCGGUGGGAGUCUUCCGCCGUGGCCGGAGAUACUCCGGCGGAAGCAUGGACAAGGCUCUGACGGAGCUGCUGACGAGGGACGACGGGAAGGUCUUGACGCUGAAGGACACGUGUAAGCCUCUCCUGGUUCCUUGCUACGACCUGAAGAGCUCGGCGCCGUUCGUCUUCUCCCGCGCCGACGCUUCCGAGUCGUCGAGUUUCGACUUCGAGCUCCACCAAGUCUGCCGCGCCACUUCAGCGACGCCGGGGCUGUUCAAACCGUUCGACCUGAGGUCGGUGGACGGGAAGACGUCGUGCUCGGCCGUGGACGGAGGGCUGGUGAUGAACAACCCGACGGCAGCGGCUGUGACGCACGCGCUGAACAACAAGCGCGACUUCCCCUCCGUCAACGGCGUGGAGGACUUGCUCGUUUUAUCCUUGGGGAACGGCCCCUUGAGCGGGCGUAAGCCCCGCCGUAACGGUGAAUGCUCUCCCUCUUCCGUCGUUGACAUUGUGCUUGACGGCGUCUCCGAGACCGUUGACCAGAUGGUGGGAAAUGCCUUCUGUUGGAACCGUACGGACUACGUUAGAAUUCAGGCCUUUGGAUUGGGGCCGAGAUCGGAGCAAGGGGAGGUGGUGAGGGAGAGAGCGGUGGAGACGUUACCGUUUGGCGGGAAGCGGUUACUGACGGAGACAAACGGAGAGAGAAUCGAGGGUUUCGUGCAGCGACUCGUUGCGUGUGGGAGGAGCAGUUUGCCACCUAGUCCGUGCAAGAAUUCCGCCGUUAGCCAACUCGCUAACGGCCGUUAGUUAAUUAGCAAUGGGAGUUGUAAUUUGUAGGUUUUGGGAAGUUUUGUAAUUUUGUAAAACCAAGCUCAAGAUUCCUGGUUAGCAGCUAAUAAUAACUCCACCACCUGUUCAGUUCUA